ACAAAGGUUGUCAAAAUGUAGCUUUGAUACAAAUGUACAUUAAUGGAACUUUUGUGAGGGAAAGGGGUUCUUAGGGCAAGAUACUUGUAAUGGACCUUGAUUAGAUUAGUUAGUUAUUAAGUUAGUGUUAACGCCUUUCGCUUAGUUACAAUAUAAGCAACGACAUUUGUUUACUGAAAUUUGAUACGCGUCCUAAAUUCGGACGUCCGCGUCCUGGUUUAUUUAGUGCAAGCAUUUCUAGUGGUACAAUCUUUGGUUUAAUUUAGAGCAAGGCUGAGACUUUAUAAGAGGAUUCAGGCACUUCAGACCCAACUAUUUGAAUUAUGAAGUAGUAAAAGCAGUAGAAGUAACAAGACUAGCUCAAGUGUCCUGGGGAGCGUUAAGUCCAGAGCGAGUAACCAGAUGUCCGUGGUGUCAUCAGCUAGAGUGGAGGCCGCUAUGGUAGAAAUGGAGUACUUGGAACGAGAAAACGAAGCGAGACGGCUGAAAAUGCAAAAGGAAUUUGAGCUAGCACAAGCUGAAGAAAAGACCCUCAAAACGUUUAUGGCUAAAGGGCACGCUAAACAAGAGGUCAAACAACAGGUCAAAGAGGAAGUAAAGAGAGAACCCGCUUACACUGCGUCUGGUUGGAAACCUCCAGUUCCUGAUCAGCAGAGUCUUUACUCGGCUUAUUUUCCAGGCUAUUUUCCUCCAUUUCUACCUCCCGAGACAAACCUUAAUAGAGACAGUGAUUUUAAAUUGGCUAUACAAGCGCUAAUGAAUUCACAAGCAAAACAAACAGGACUCAAUACGCUAUUGACAAAUCAACAAAGAACUAGUCAUGUUCCAAUUAAAGAACAUCCAGUUUCAUCAGUCGAUCCAUUUGUUUGCCCCGCUUUCGUAACCAUGUUUGACUCGAUUAUAGAAGCAAAUGUCUCCACGCAGAGUGACCGCUUAUUUUUCCUUGAUAAAUACACCAGCGGAAAGGCUAACGUAGUGAUAAAAGGAUUCCUAGCCACUAAUUCAGAGACCGCAUACCAAGAGGCGAGAAAUUUACAAGACAGUCGCUAUGGCAACCCCAUCAAAGUCGGCGAGACCUUCAAAAGGAACCUCAGAGAGUGGCCCGAGAUUGCUGACUCAGACAGCGCACCCAUCCAACAGUUUUCUGACUUCCAUAUUCGCUGCGAAGAAGCAAUGAAAUCCUUGAGCUCUAUGGCAGAUCUAGAUUCGCCUCAGACCUUACUUCAAGCAAGCGCUAAGCUACCAUCAUACUCAGGAGUGAAAUGGUGUCGGCAGGCGCACGAGACGCAAUACCAAGGAAAAAGCGUGUAAUUUCGAGACUUCGUGAAAUUAUAAAAGAAAAGGAAGAGAAGGAGCUAGCCAAUGAUCCAAUUUUCUCGCCAGACGCACGUAAAGGGAGAAGAGGAGAACAACUAACAGUGCCAACCGGAAACCUGCCAACCGCCCACCUAGCAAGCGAGAAAACGGACCUAGCAGUCAAUCUUUUCAAAUCUCAGGAGUUCCCGCCGAACCCAGUCCCGAAGCUGCCAAGCCGCCAACACCAGCAUACCAACCUACCUGUCCUUUCUGUAGCGAGAAACAUACAAUAGAGAAGUGCACGGAAUUCGCCAAAAAAACGUAACCGAACGUAACGAAAUCGCUAGUGAAGAGAAACUCUGUUUCAAGUGUCCGAAGGGACCUCAUCUUGCGUCAGAUUGUCGUUCGGAGAUUUCAUGCAGCGAAUGCGGCAAACGCAACCACACCCUCUUGCACGGAGCGAAGCCUAGACGCUGCAACCCACGGCCUCAUACCAACGCUGACCACUCAAAACCCGAAUCUGGAACAAACGACAAAAGUAGCGAAGCCCCAAACCGAAUUCUUCGAAGGCUAACUCGAACAUGUGCAGUGUUACAAACGCAGUCGUCGGUGAAGAAAUAGUGAUCACCAAUUCGAAAAUCGUCCCCGUGUUGGUUUCUCACCGAGAUCACCCA